AUGACCACUCUCAUUACGAAAUUGGGCGGUGCUCUCCCAGCAAAGCUUGGAAACUACAAGCAGAAGAAGAAGGCACAGAAGGAAUUGUCGCUCACGGAAGCUUUGAAUGAAACGCCCCUACUCGACCCAAUAGAUCUGGACUUAGCGAGGGAGCAGAGAUAUGAAUGCUACCUGCAUUUGCUUGAGCGUGUGAGAGAGACGCGUCUCCAGAGAAACAAGCAAGGACUCGGAGAGGCAGACAACUAUGAUCAGUUUUAUCAGCUUUCGAGGGCACAACGGGAAGCUUGUUCGGAGUUAAGAAUACACGGGCAUCGGGGUGGUGUUAUUCUUGAUGGGAUAUCUCUUCAGUCACCGUCCCAUGGCUCGGUUCCGGCUGCAACCUCUACUCCUAGCUCUGGAAGUCAGAUCUCGCCUCUUGAUGCUACACAUACGCAUCGCCUGCCUACGGAUGGUGCUUUAGAUGGACGUCCUGAACGUCCGAAUGCUUCGAACGUUCAUGCAACGACUCUGGACACGGCAAAGAUCGGAGCAGUUGGUAACGAGAACAUGCCAGUCAGUUCUUCAAAGGUGACAUCUGCAUCUGUUACUGGAGUCUAUCAGAACAUUGAGGCAGGGUCACAGCAACAUGCCCAGGAAGCUGGCCAGGCGAGUAAGCAAUCAACCAUCAAGGCUUCUCAAGCAACUUCUAGCCAGCAGAUUCGAGAGAUCUUCAGCAGUCAGAUUUCCGAAAAGCUGAGAACUCCGGAUAUUCGACCAAUCCCCGGGUCUUAUUUCCCAAAUUUUAACGAAUUGCAACCAAAAACUGAUUCUAGCUCGAAGGGAUUAUCACCAUUUGGCACAAAAGAGUCUCCUAAGGUUCAUCCCGACGCAGGCCUGAUUGCUUCUCCUCGCGCCUCCUCAGACUACCAAAGUGCACUUGAGAAUCAUUCCCAGGCAAGUUCUGGACAUACGUCAGGCGAAACAGCAUUUCAAAGAAAUGGAGUAGGGUGUCAUGCACCACCCUCGUCCAGUGGGGUACACAACAGAAGUCAUCAAUCAGUUGAAGAAUUUCCAUCGUUCAGACCUUCACUUGCAGCUAUUGCAACCACACCAGGGGAGGAGUCUAAUAUUGAGGUCCUCGGCCACGAGUCAACAGAUCAGUCAGGCCAAGGGCAUAUUGGAGUAGGAGAUGCUUGCACGCCUACCCAUGAAAUGCACAGACCGAAUGCUUGCAGCGAUAUUGAUUAUAAGCAACUACUCAAAGAAGUCAAUAUAUCGGAUCACCUCCCGGAAACAAAGCUGGAAAUAGCAAUAGAACUUGUCGGGAUGCUUCAAGACUUCAUAAGUCAGGCAUUUCAAGAGAAGGCGGACGCUGAGGCUGAAAAACAGUCAGAAAUCGAUAGAUGGGAAGAAUUCUAUCGAAAGAGAACAGACACGGGGUUCCUGUCUUUACUUCAUCCCAAUGAUCAGCUUAUCGAAAGAUUGGAACGACUGACAGAACGCAACCUCCUGGCUCCCAUCAUAAUCUCCAAGUUGAGGCAGGAUAAAGAGACUACCAGAAAGACUCGACAGCUACUUGAUAGGUUAGAAAAGAACUGGCAGCUGAGCGAGGAUGGAACCUUGAUUGGGGAGAGGAACAACUCAAAUGGCACUGGGGAAGCAACGCCGGCUCAGAAAGAUAGAAAAGUCAGCAGGACUUGGACGACUCGGGGGAAGCGGAAAUGGGGCAGCUGGGUGGAUUAG